AUGAGCUACGGGUUAUACAAAUUCCAUCGAAAACCAUCACAUAGUAAUCUCAAAGAAUUACCAGGUGUUUCGAUAAUUAAACCAUUGACGGGCAUCGAUACAAAUCUAUAUGAAAAUUUAAAAACCUUUUUCAAUCUUCAAUAUCCUCGGUAUGAAAUACUUUUCUGUGUACAAGAACACGAUAAAGAAUUGAUCGAUUUACUCGAGCGAUUACGGGAACAAUAUCCACAUGUCGAAUCGCAAUUAUUUGUUGGUUCACUUUCGCAAAAAUUAUCCGGUGAUAAAUCAUCAAAAAGUGGAGUUACGGAAAUUCGAAAUCCAAAAAUAUUUAAUAUGCUCCCCGCUUAUGAAAAAGCUCAAUAUCCAUACAUAUUGAUAUCAGAUAGCGGUUUGAUGAUGCAUGAAAAUACUUUGUAUGAUAUGGUUAUGUGUAUGACUGAUACGGUUGGUCUUGUUCAUCAAAUGCCAUUUACUUGUGAUAGAAAAGGUUUUGCUGGGUCUGUUGAAAAGGUCUAUUUCGGUACUCAGCAUGCUCGUAUGUAUAUGACAAUCAAUUUAGUUGGGAUUAAUUGUGUUACUGGAAUGUCUUGUUUAAUACGCAAAGAAUGUAUUGAUCAUGUAGGUGGUCUACGUGCGUUUGGCCAUUAUAUAGCAGAAGAUUAUUACAUUGCAUACGAGGUUGCUAAACAAGGUUGGCAACUACGUGUGGCAUCCGCGCCUGCUCAACAAAACUCGGGCGAAUAUUCUGUAUCAACAUGGAUCGAUCGAAUGGUUCGAUGGUGUAAAUUAAGAAUGCGCUUGAGCCCAUUGGCAUAUUUAGAGCCUCUCCAAGAGUGUUUUUCGUCUGCUAUCUUAGCAGGUUUAGUAACAAAUUAUUUAUUUGAAUGGAAUGCGCUCGUUGUUGCUGCCUGCCACAUCCUUAUCUGGUUUAUCCUUGAUUAUUUGAUGCUUCGAAUAACUCAAGGCGGUGCACUUCCAUUUUCGAAAUUUGAAUUCGCAAUAGCAUGGCUUGUGAGAGAACUUUCUUCGUUUUACAUAUAUUUCAAAGCAUUCACGGGCUCAUCAACGAUCAAAUGGCGUGGAAAAGAGUAUCGUCUCGGUUCUGGUACACGAGCUGAAGAACUGACUCCUUCACCUUCCCCACCACCUGCCCCAUCUCUUCUUGUCGAAUCAUCUUCAUCAUCUAUGUCAACUUCCUCUUCGUCGUCGUCUUCCUCCUCAUCGACUAAUUCCAUAUCACCCGUGGCUGGCCCACACAUUCUUUCAUCGUCUCUAUCUACGAAACAACCAUCUCAGAUUGUCUAG